AUGUUGAAAUCGACGCUCUCAGCCUUGUGGCUGGCCACUCUUGCCUGGGGCGCGGGCAAAACGGAGGAGAACAAUGUCAAGAGCAUAGGGCUACGGACACACAGUCUGGCCCAGCCGUAUCUGGACUCUGACAUGCAAAGUCGGUGGUACGACUUUGGUGGCGACACCAUCAUCCGCACCGACCAGUACAUCCGCCUGACCUCCGAUCACCCAUCACAGACCGGAUGGCUCUUCUCCAGGGUCCCAUUGACGGCGACGAACUGGGAGAUUGAGGUGGAAUUCAAGAUCCACGGCAAGAACCAGUUGUAUGGCGACGGCUUCGCCAUGUGGCUGACGAAAGGAGCGUGGGAAGGCCCGGUGUCGUUUUCCCUUACGUCAUGGCUAUGGUCGGCGACGGACAGAAAUCGUACGACAAGGACACGGACGGCAAGGACACCGAGUUUGCCGGCUGCUUCGCUAGAGGCAUCCGACACGCCAACGUCCCGACUAAGCUCCGUCCUGACUUACUUCCAGGACAAGAACCUCAAGCUGGAGCUGCAGUACAAGUCCGAGGGCGAGUGGACGCUCUGCUUCGAGACGGACAAGCCGCCCUCGAUCCCGCAGGUUGCCUACCUGGGCUUCAGCGCCGAGACGGGCGAACUGAGCGACCACCACGACAUCAUCUCGAUCGAAGCCAAGAACCUGUACCAGUCUCAGUCUACGAGCGGGAAAGGCACCCCCGGCAGCAGCAGGGGCAAGAAGGCGACCCCGAAGGAGAGCGGCAGCUGGACCUGGUUCUUCAUGAAGACCAUCUUCUUCUUCAUGGUUGUUGGUGGUGGCUAUGUGGGAUAUACUGCCUGGAGGACGAACCAGAAGCGGAGCCACCGUUUCUAA